ACUUGUAGACGAAUUAGACUUCCAUUAUUACAUCCAACAAAAAUAAAAUUCAUUACAGUAAAUGUUUAUAUCAUUCAUAUAUUAAAAUAUUUAUUUUAUUUCAAUCACAUCUCUUAAAAUUUUAGUAUGAUAUAUAUGGUCAAUUAUUCAGUUUUGAAAGGGAAUAUUAAUAGAUAGCCAAAAACCUAGGCCGCCAAUAGGGUUGAUUUGCCUGUUUUGUUGUUAUCCAAUUCUUAUUGUACUUUGAUUCCAAUAAAAAUACAACACUGAGAGUAGUUAGAAAAUGGCAAAUUUCUUAUAAAUCUCUUAUGUCUGCGUGAUAAAUAAGUGGAGUCGUUAAGCGAUAGUCAUGUUCUUCCAAAAAUUACACCUCACCGCAUAUGCAUUAGUUUUGGCAUUACACUAAAUUCCUAAAUAACAAAAGAAAAUAUCCUAAUGCAAUGAAAAUUUAUGUGACUUUUUUGCGACAGAAAUUGUUAUUUUAUUUAUCAGCAUACAAAAUUUCAUUUAAUAUUUUCAUGCAUGUGUAACAACACUGUUAUUUAUUAAUUAGUGUACAAUUUAAUAUUUCAUGUUAGAUAUAGUAAAGGCCUGAGUCAAGUUUUUAUGAUUGGGCCGGAUCGGGAUUUCAGAAGUCGUGAAACUUUCGAGAGAUUGUAAGAUGACGAUUUGGUGUCACGUGUCUCUCUGCCAUUGGGUACUUUACGUGUGUAAAAAGUAAGGAGCGCGCCAACACAAAAUAUGCAAUUAAGCUUACGUGUCAAGCAAUGAUUGGAGAGGACACUCAACCAGGCUAAAUACGAAUCAUACUGAAGCACAUAUAAAUAGACUACGAACUUCAUACUCUUUCAAAGAACUAGCGAACUAUUCUUUUCUGUACGCAAACAAACGAGAUCGAAGAAGAGUUCUCAACAAUCAAAUAUGGUUUUUAUCAAGAAAAACACAACAAUGACGACGAACAAAGUUCUUGCGUGUUUGUUUUUUUCUGACAGCUUUGAUGUCAAGCGUGGCAAUAGAAAGCGAAGAGCAGAAACUGGGGACGGUGAUAGGAAUCGAUCUAGGGACUACAUAUUCAUGUGUUGGUGUGUAUCAUAACAAACAUGUGGAAAUCAUAGCAAACGAUCAGGGAAACAGAAUUACACCAUCUUGGGUGGCUUUUACUGAUACCGAACGUCUCAUCGGGGAAGCUGCUAAGAAUCAAGCAGCCAAGAACCCGGAGCGAACCAUCUUCGACCCGAAACGUCUGAUUGGAAGAAAAUUUGAUGAUCCUGAUGUACAAAGGGAUAUCAAAUUCUUGCCAUACAAGGUUGUGAACAAAGAUGGAAAGCCUUACAUUCAAGUGAAGGUUAAAGGUGAAGAGAAAGUGUUUAGCCCUGAGGAAAUAAGUGCUAUGAUACUAACCAAGAUGAAAGAGACAGCUGAAGCUUUCUUGGGAAAGAAGAUCAAAGAUGCUGUCAUCACGGUUCCAGCGUAUUUCAAUGAUGCGCAGAGGCAAGCCACAAAGGAUGCAGGGGCAAUCGCGGGGCUUAAUGUGGUUCGUAUAAUCAAUGAGCCAACGGGUGCAGCCAUAGCUUAUGGUUUAGACAAAAAAGGUGGGGAGUCAAACAUUCUUGUAUAUGAUCUAGGUGGAGGAACAUUUGAUGUUAGUAUCCUUACCAUAGACAAUGGAGUCUUUGAAGUCUUAUCCACAAGCGGAGACACUCACCUUGGUGGAGAAGAUUUUGACCACAGAGUGAUGGACUAUUUCAUCAAAUUGGUCAAGAAGAAGUAUAACAAAGACAUUAGCAAGGAUCACAAAGCGCUUGGUAAACUUAGGCGCGAAUGUGAGCUUGCGAAACGAUCUUUGAGCAACCAGCACCAAGUCCGUGUUGAAAUUGAGUCACUCUUUGAUGGAGUUGAUUUCUCUGAGCCUUUAACGAGAGCAAGAUUCGAGGAACUCAACAUGGACUUGUUCAAGAAGACUAUGGAGCCAGUAAAGAAGGCUCUUAAAGAUGCAGGGUUAAAGAAAUCCCAAAUUGACGAGAUUGUUCUUGUUGGAGGAAGCACUCGAAUCCCAAAAGUUCAGCAGAUGUUGAAGGAUUUCUUUGAAGGCAAGGAAGCCAGCAAAGGGACUAACCCUGAUGAGGCUGUGGCCUAUGGAGCCGCGGUCCAAGGUGGAGUAUUAAGUGGUGAAGGUGGAGAAGAAACACAAAAUAUUCUGCUGCUUGAUGUUGCGCCUUUGAGCCUCGGUAUUGAAACUGUCGGAGGCGUGAUGACAAACAUUAUUCCGAGGAACACUGCGAUCCCAACGAAGAAGUCUCAGGUGUUCACGACUUACCAAGAUCAGCAAACUACUGUGAGCAUUAACGUCUAUGAAGGCGAGAGAAGCAUGACUAAAGAUAACCGCGAGCUCGGAAAAUUCGAUCUCACAGGCAUUCUUCCUGCACCCAGGGGAGUGCCACAGAUUGAGGUGACUUUCGAAGUAGACGCAAAUGGGAUCCUUCAGGUGAAAGCCGAAGACAAAGUUGUAAAGACGUCACAGUCGAUUACAAUAACGAACGAUAAAGGUCGUUUAACAGAAGAAGAGAUUGAGGAAAUGAUUAGAGAAGCAGAGGAGUUUGCUGAGGAAGAUAGGAUUAUGAAGGAGAAGAUUGAUGCGAGGAACAAGCUUGAAACGUAUGUGUACAACAUGAAAAGUACAAUGGCCGAUAAGGAGAAGAUAAGUGAUGAGGAUAAAGAAAAGAUGGAAGAGGUUUUGAAGGAGGCGUUGGAGUGGUUAGAAGAGAAUGUGAAUGCAGAGAAGGAAGAUUACGAUGAUAAAAUGAAGGAGGUGGAGUCGGUUUGUAACCCGGUUAUUAAGUCGGUUUACGAGAAAACCGGGGGAGAGAGUGAAGACGGCGGUGGAGAUGAUCAUGAUGAGUUAUAGAGUCGUGUAAUUGAAGGUUGUUUGAGUCGGUUAUUGACCGGUUAGCUAUGGGAUUUGCAGCUGUUGUUUUUUCAUUUUUUCCCCGUUCUUGCUCUUUUUUCCAGGGUAGCUAGAGUAUGUAAAAAAAUUACGAAUAAGUUUGAGAGAGAUUUCGUUUUGCGAAAGAAUGGUGUUGGACUAUUUAUUGCAUAUGAUUGGUGAAUAGUUUAUACGAGCAAUGUUCCUUUUGUGAUCGUUACAAAACUAUUUUUUCUACUCAUGGCUCUGAGUUUUACCAAGCUCAAAGCACAGACAAAUUAUGUGGAA